GCCAGAAGAAAGGACCCCCUGUUGACGACACUCUUCUAGCCUAAGAAACACCGCGGCGUCGGCUUCUCCAGUGUCGAAGCUGGAGUGGAUGCCAAAGAUUGCAUCAAGAUCAAGGAUUCGAGAACGCGUGCUGCAACCCACGGUGUCCUCCUCUCUACUGCUAGCAUAUCUGCCUGAUAAAAAACGGGAAUAUGUGAUUGAUGAUGAUGCUCUAAGUCAUGCUUCCGAGCUUUCAGUGGAAGGAAGAGAUGAUAUCACUAAUCUUGAUGAGUUGGUCAAGGAUUACAAAAGAAACAGAAGACGUGGAAUGCUCGGAUGGUUUAAACUGAAAGGUUUUAGUUACUCUCCAGAGAUGCAGCAAAAAGUAACUAAAACAUUUUCUGGAGCAUGGAGAAUGAGAGUAGCUCUUGCCUGUGCCCUUUUCAUUUCACAAUAUAAUGGACUGGCAUUCCUUUGAUGUGAGUGAUGAUAGUAUUUCAUUGAGUUGUAUAGUUUCACGUUUGAUUUUAGUCUACAUUCAUGUCAGACAUUGUUUCAGUAGUUAGUUAUUUGAAUUCUAUAUUUGGUGGCAAUUAUAUGGAUUGAUAGUAUGUACCACCGAGAACUGAACUUUG